AUGGGGUCACUGACGCCGGCGGAAGGCCAGCGGCGGCCGCACGCCGUGUGCGUGCCGUUCCCGACGCAGGGCCACAUCACGCCCAUGCUCAAGCUGGCCAAGCUCCUCCACGCGCGGGGCUUCCACGUCACCUUCGUCAACAACGAGUUCAACCACCGGCGCCUGCUCCACACGCGCGGGCCCAAGGCGCUCGACGGCGUGCCGGGCUUCCGCUUCGACGCCAUCCCCGACGGCCUCCCGCCCUCUGACGCCGACGCCACGCAGGACAUCCCCGCGCUCUGCAACGCCACCAUGACCAAGUGCCUCCCGCACCUCCUCUCCCUCCUCGCCAGGAUCAACGGCGACGCCGAGGCAGAGUCUUCUCCGCCGGUCACCUGCCUCGUCGUGGACGCCAUCAUGUCGUUCGGCUUCGACGCCGGCAGGGACAUCGGCGUGCCCGUCGUCGCGUUCCUCACCAUCGGCGCCUGCGGGUACAUGGGCAUCCGCAACUUCAGCAACCUCAUCGAGCUGGGCCUCGUGCCGUUCAAGCACGAGGUGGACCUCGCGGACGUUCGCGGCCGCCGCCUCGCCGCCGUGGUGACCGGCGCGUACGGCAUGUGCGACGGCGUGCAGCUGCGGGACUUCCCCAGCUUCGUCCGCACCACGGACCGCGGCGACGUCAUGCUCAACUUCCUCCUGCACGAGUCCGAGCGGAUAUCGCUCGUCCCGGACGCCGUCGUCAUCAACACCUUCGAGGACCUCGAGGGCACCACGUUGGACGCCAUGCGGGGCGUCCUCCCGCCGGUGUACCCCGUCGUCCCGCUCCUCCUCCGCGAGCGCCACGAGAUCUCCACCGGCAGCCCGCUCGCGGGCCUCGGCGCGCUGCAACCUCUGGAAGGAGCAGGACGGCGUCCUGGAGUGGCCCGCCGUCCACGCGCCGCGGUCCGUGGUAACAUCCGUCCGGACCUAGUCAGGGGCGACUGCGCCGUGCUGCCGCCGGAGUUCGCGUCCGCCGUCGAGAGCCGCGCGCUGCUGACCACGUGGUGUGCGCAGGAGGCGGUGCUCCAGCACGAGGCGGUCGGGGUGUUCCUCACCCACUCCGGCUGGAACUCGACGCUGGAGAGCCUCUGCGCAGGGGUGCCGAUGCUCAGCUGGCCGUUCUUGGCGGAGCAGCAGGCCAACUGCCGGUACAAGCGCACGGAGUGGGGCAUCGGGAUGGAGAUCGGCGGUGAGGUGCGGCCCGACGAGGUGGCGGCCAUCUUAAAGGAGGCCAUGCACGGGGAGAAGGGGCGGGAGAUGCGCCGGCGCGCGGAGGAGUGGAAGGAGAAGGCCGCAAAGGCGGCGCUGCCGGGUGGGCCUGCCGAGACAAACCUUGACAGGGUCAUCCACACGGUGCUGCUCUCCAAUAACCAGGCAAAAGCUGUCGAUGAGUGA